GCGCGGGGGCGCGCAUGCGCACGGCGGCGGCUCCAUGGAGCACCAGCAGCAGCUGCGGAACCUACGGGAUUUCCUGCUGGUCUACAACCGGCUGACGGAGCUCUGCUUCGAGCGCUGCGUGCCCAGCCUGCACCACCGUGCCCUGGCUCCCGAUGAGGAAGCCUGCCUGGACAGCUGCGCGGGGAAGUUCGUGCGCUCCAACCACCGCCUCAUGGCCGCCUACGUGCAGCUGAUGCCCACCCUGGUGCAGCGCCGCGUCGCCGACUUGGAGGCCGGGGCUGCCGCGGCCGGGGUCGAGGCCGCCGCCCCGCCUGGCCCCGAGAGCAGCGAGGCGCCCAGUCCCCUGCUGGAGCCCAAGGACGUCCCAGCCGGCCGGCACAGCCUGUCAGACCCUACCAGCUAGGGCUCCGGCCCGCUUUUCCUUCCCAGACCUCUGGGCCACAUGCCCUUUGAGCCAUCCACGCUUCCCUGGCAGGCCCCGGAAGGGUGGCACGGAUCGGAGUCCGUGAGUGGAGGACGGGGCGGGUGCCAAGGAGAUCUAGGACAGAGCAACAUCCGAGGCGGGGCGGUUGGGAUGGAACGGCAGCCACACACUGGAGACGGUUGCCCGUGCCAGGGGGCGGUGCCCGGGGGAUGGAGCAGCGGGCCUGGGGCCCGGACAGCUAGCUGCCAGGCAUCGGGAAGACGGUGGACUCCCCCCUAACCCACCGGGACCUGCUCUCUCUCUGCUUCCCCCAUCCAGCCUGGACCCUCUCAAGGGCUGGUCACCCUGGCCGGGCCAGACCCUGCUUAGGCAGCAGGGAGGGACAGACCGCAGCCUCACCUGUCCUGUCGCCAAUAAAUUAGUUUCCGUCCG